UUAUUUUAUACACUUGAAGAAGAAGAAGUUCUAAGCGGCGGUUUCUAGAGAGAGAAGAUGCAGAUCUUUGUGAAAACCCUAACCGGGAAGACAAUAACGCUCGAAGUCGAAUCGAGCGAUACCAUUGACAAUGUCAAGGCCAAGAUUCAAGACAAGGAAGGUAUUCCACCGGAUCAACAGCGAUUGAUAUUCGCCGGAAAACAGCUCGAAGAUGGCCGUACUCUUGCCGAUUACAACAUUCAGAAAGAAUCGACUCUGCAUCUUGUUCUUAGACUUCGUGGAGGGAUCAUUGAACCAUCUUUGAUGGCUUUGGCUAGGAAGUACAACCAGGAGAAGAUGAUAUGCCGCAAGUGCUAUGCCCGUCUUCAUCCUCGUGCUGUCAACUGCAGGAAGAAGAAAUGUGGCCACAGCAACCAGUUGAGGCCCAAGAAGAAGAUCAAGUAGAUCGAAAAUCAUCCAUUUCCAGUUCUCUAUUGCAAGCUUUGUUGUUCAAAACUAUUUUGUUUAUUGCCGAAUUUUGCAUCAUCUUUCUGUUAGACUAAAAUUUCUUUUGUUAUGAAUUUAUUGAAAUGCUUGUUUUUC